AUGGUGAUCAAAAAACCGAUGGUAACCACAGGUCGUGUGAUAACACAAAAAAUUGGACUGAUUGGUGCAAUUAGCUAUUUGAUCAGCAAUAUUGUUGGAUCAGGAAUUUUUAUUGCACCAACUACAAUAUUAAUACAAAGUCGUUCGCCAGGUCUUUCGCUGAUUAUUUGGGGUGUUAGUGCAAUAAUUUCAACACUUGGCUCAUUCUGUUACAUUGAAUUAGGCACCAGUAUACGUUUAUCCGGAGCCGAUUUUGCUUAUCUCUGCUACGUACGAUGGUUUUCUAUAGCAUUUGCAUUUAUGUGUGCUGGAUGUAUACUGAAUUAUCCAGCUGCAGUGGCAAUACAAGCUGACACAUUUACUGAAUAUCUGUUUGAAGGAUUUAAAAUUGAAGCGGAUGAUGAAGUGGGAUAUUAUUGUAGCAAAAAAUUAUUGGGUUUUCUAGUCGUUUGGUUAAUAGUUUUUAUCAACUUUUUCUCAUUGAAACGUUUCGUAGCACGAUUUCAAAUGGUUGCAACUUUUGCAAAGGUUAUAUCAACAUCAAUUAUCAUUGUUACGGGUUUUUAUCUUUUGCUGAUUAAAGGUGAAAUACAAGACUUAUCUCAUCCUUUCAAAGGAACUAAUCUUAAACCUGGUAGUAUUGUUCUCAGCUUGUACGCUGGUCUUUUUUCUUAUGAUGGAUGGGAUAUACUCAAUUUUGGAACCGAGGAAAUCGAAAAACCAAGAAGGACUAUGCCAUUAUCAAUUAUACUGGGAAUGACCAUUGUUGCUAUAAUUUAUAUGGCUACUAAUGUUGCUUAUUUCGUUGCUUUAAGUGUAGAUGAGAUACUGACUUCAGACGCGGUAGCAACAGCUUUCGCUGCUAAACAUCUUGGUAGUUUCCAAUAUGCAAUGCCAUUUCUUAUAUGCGUUCUUUUAGUCGGGUCGAUUAACACCACAGUUUUCUCUGGCAGCCGGUACUUAUAUGCAGCUGCUCGACAAGGCCAUUUACCGUCAUUCAUCAGUUGCACUCAUUUAGAAAGUAAUAGUCCAAGGACUGCAUUGUUUGUAAACGCUGUUCUUGCAAUGUUUAUGUCAUUUGUUGGCGAUCUCAAUGCCCUGAUAAGUUAUGUCGGAUUCACCCAGUGGGCACAACGUUUGAUUACAAUGGGAGCACUGCUUCUGAUCCGAUAUAAGCAAACUGCCAUUCACCCAGAUGCAAUUCGUACCCCAUUAAUUUUGUCAAUAAUCUUCUUCAUGAUAUGCUUAAGUCUGGUAAUUGUUACCAUUCUCGAAAAAGCUAAAAUUGCUAUAAUGGGAAUGGGAGUAGUGGCCGUCGGUUUCCUGCUUUAUUACCUGUUCAUAUACGAAAAAUCGUUGCCGUCACUAAAGUGUUACCAGAAAUUUUCUAAGCAUUUAAAUAGUACGGCUUAUCACUGUCUCAUUUUUUUCAAAAUACUAUAA